CCCACACUGUUUGGUCGCAUUAUACGUCGUAUAACUUACUAAAAGUCUCCAGAACUAUUCCGAUGUUUUGCUUGGCUUUUUGCUCCAUCCGUCUGACGGCCAUCGAGAUCCGGCCGUGAUUUGCAACCUGAAAACCAAAAGAAAAAAAUGGAUAAUAACAACAAAACCGAAGAGAGCACAAACACAUGGCACGAGGGUGGUGACACCAUCACAGAGACAACACGACGGACAGUGGAUAAAGAUGGAAAUGUAGUCAUCACGAAGAAUCGGCUAGUAAAAAGAGCCGGUAAAAGCGUAAAGUCCGUAAAGAAGCCGGUUGUGAUAACCCCAGCCGAAAUACAGUUAUCUCUACAGCACCCCUCUUAUGGCCAGGAAACUCUCAUAACAAAAACACAAGGGGAGAACAAUGUGCAAAGAAUGCGCUAUUCAUCUCAAGACCAACAAAAAGAGGAUAAUACCAUCAUCCACACUAACAUUCCUAUAGAUGUUUCUUUUCCCAUGAGCCGCAAGCAAGAGAACAUCAUCAUUACCAAGCAGACGAAGAUCCUUGAAUCACAAUCACGAACAAUAGUCAACGAAAGCACAACAAAGACAGAGAGGGGCGCGCUAGAUGCAGUUGAUGCAAGUUACCAGAUGAACCGCGGUGUAAGACGCCUUGAGAUGAUGAAUGGUAAAAAGAUUAUCAACGGCACUGCGCCAGAAAAGCAAUCAUACACGAAGCAUUCAAAAAAAUCAAGAUAUGACUACAAAAUCCCGAUAGAUGUCGAAAUGGAUAAAUUACCAGCAAAAUACAACAGGGAUAGCACAAACACGACGAACGGUAAAACAGCAAUCAACGACUCGUAUUACAAAUAUACAAACAGUUCUUUGAACGCUUAUGGGCCAAAAAGCAACAAGAACAUCAAAACUAAUCAAUACGAGUCAAGCUACUACAGCGCGGCAAAACAAUCCAUACAAAACAUCGAUAGAGAGCAAUCUGAAUUCCAAGGAGACCGUCCAAAACAAGGUGAGCUGGUAGGUAAAUGGCAACCUGAGGAGUUUACUGUCGAAACGACAAACAUCACACCAGGCAGGUUAACAAUAGGUGAAUCCAACCACACGGAUCUUGAAGAAAAAGAAGUAGUCAAACAACAACGACCUCCAAGAAAGCUGCAAAUGGAAGAAAUUUGUGGCAUAAGCGAAACCAUGGCAAUACAGUUAGAGCCUACAUUCGAAGAGGAGCGUCCAAAACCAGGCAAGCUCGUCGGCAAGUGGAAACCUGAGGAAUCCACUGUGGAAAAGGCCAUCAUCAAGCCAGGGAAACUAACCAACAUCGAAUUCAUAGAGACUGAGCCUGAAGAAAAACAAGUUGUCAAACAACAACCGCCUCCCAGGAAGCUGCAAACUGAAAAGAUUUAUGCCUUUACCGAAACCACGGCAGUAGAGUCACAGCCUACAUUCGAAGAGGACCAUCCAAAACCAGGCAAGUUCGUCGGCAAGUGGCAACCUGAGGAAUCCAAUGUGGAAAAGACCAUCAUCAAGCCAGGCAAACUAACCAACAUCGAAUUCAUAGAGACUGAGCCUGAAGAAAAAGAAGUUGUCAAACAACAACCGCCUCCCAGAAAGCUGCAAACUGAAAAGAUUUAUGCCUUUACCGAAACCACGGCAGUAGAGUCAGAGCCUACAUUCGAAGAGGACCGUCCAAAACCAGGUAAGCUCGUCAGCAAGUGGCAACCUGAGGAAUCCACUGUGGAAAAGGCCAUCAUCAAGCCAGGGAAACUAACCAACAUCGAAUUCAAAGAGACUGAGCCUGAUGGAAAAGAAGUUGUCAAACAACAACCGCCUCCCAGGAAGCUGCAAAUUGAGAAGAUUUAUGCCUUUACCGAAACCAAGGCAGUAGAGUCACAGCCUACAUUCGAAGAGGACCGUCCAAAACCAGGCAAACUCGUCGGCAAGUGGCAACUUGAGGAAUCCACUGUGGAAAAGGCCAUCAUCAAGCCAGGGAAACUAACCAACAUCGAAUUCAAAGAGACUGAGCCUGUAGAAAAACAAGUUCUCAAACAACAACCGCCUCCAAGGAAGCUGCAAACUGAGAAGAUUUAUGCCUUUACCGAAACCACAGCAGUAGAGUCACAGCCUACAUUCGAAGAGGACCGUCCAAAACCAGGCAAGCUCGUCGGCAAGUGGCAACCUGAGGAAUCCACAGUGGAAAAGUCCAUCAUCAAGCCAGGGAAAAUAACCAACAUCGAAUUCAUAGAGAGUGAGCCUGAAGAAAACGAAGUUGUCAAACAACAACCGCCUCCAAGGAAGCUGCAAACUAAAAAGAUUUAUGCCUUUACCGAAACCACAGCAGUAGAGUCACAGCCUACAUUCGAAGAGGACCGUCCAAAACCAGGCAAGCUCGUCGGAAAGUGGCAACCUGAGGAAUCCACUGUGGAAAAGGCCAUCAUCAAGCCAGGCAAACUAACCAACAUCGAAUUCAUAGAGACUGAGCCUGAAGAAAACGAAGUUGUCAAACAACAACCGCCUCCCAGGAAGCUGCAAACUGAAAAGAUUUAUGCCUUUACCGAAACCACGGCAGUAGAGUCACAGCCUACAUUCGAAGAGGACCAUCCAAAACCAGGCAAGCUCGUCGGCAAGUGGCAACCUGAGGAAUCCACUGUGGAAAAGGCCAUCAUCAAGCCAGGCAAACUAACCAACAUCGAAUUCAUAGAGGCUGAGCCUGAAGAAAAAGAAUUUGUCAAACAACAACCGCCUCCCAGGAAGCUGCAAACUGAAAAGAUUUAUGCCUUUACCGAAACCACGGCAGUAGAGUCAGAGCCUACAUUCGAAGAGGACCGUCCAAAACCAGGUAAGCUCGUCAGCAAGUGGCAACCUGAGGAAUCCACUGUGGAAAGGGCCAUCAUCAAGCCAGGGAAACUAACCAACAUCGAAUUCGGAGAGACUGAGCCUGAUGGAAAAGAAGUUGUCAAACAACAACCGCCUCCCAGGAAGCUGCAAAUUGAGAAGAUUUAUGCCUUUACCGAAACCAAGGCAGUAGAGUCACAGCCUACAUUCGAAGAGGACCGUCCAAAACCAGGCAAACUCGUCGGCAAGUGGCAACUUGAGGAAUCCACUGUGGAAAAGGCCAUCAUCAAGCCAGGGAAACUAACCAACAUCGAAUUCAAAGAGACUGAGCCUGUAGAAAAACAGGUUCACAAACAACAACCGCCUCCAAGGAAGCUGCAAACUGAGAAGAUUUAUGCCUUUACCGAAACCACAGCAGUAGAGUCACAGCCUACAUUCGAAGAGGACCGUCCAAAACCAGGCAAGCUCGUCGGCAAGUGGCAACCUGAGGAAUCCACAGUGGAAAAGUCCAUCAUCAAGCCAGGGAAAAUAACCAACAUCGAAUUCAUAGAGACUGAGCCUGAAGAAAACGAAGUUGUCAAACAACAACCGCCUCCAAGGAAGCUGCAAACUAAAAAGAUUUAUGCCUUUACCGAAACCACAGCAGUAGAGUCACAGCCUACAUUCGAAGAGGACCGUCCAAAACCAGGCAAGCUCGUCGGAAAGUGGCAACCUGAGGAAUCCACUGUGGAAAAGGCCAUCAUCAAGCCAGGCAAACUAACCAACAUCGAAUUCAUAGAGACUGAGCCUGAAGAAAACGAAGUUGUCAAACAACAACCGCCUCCCAGGAAGCUGCAAACUGAAAAGAUUUAUGCCUUUACCGAAACCACGGCAGUAGAGUCACAGCCUACAUUCGAAGAGGACCAUCCAAAACCAGGCAAGCUCGUCGGCAAGUGGCAACCUGAGGAAUCCACUGUGGAAAAGGCUAUCAUCAAGCCAGGCAAACUAUCCAACAUCGAAUUCAUAGAGGCUGAGCCUGAAGAAAAAGAAUUUGUCAAACAACAACCGCCUCCCAGGAAGCUGCAAACUGAAAAGAUUUAUGCCUUCACCGAAACCACAGCAGUAGAGUCACAGCCUACAUUCGAAGAGGACCGUCCAAAACCAGGCAAGCUCGUCGACAAGUGGCAACCUGAGGAAUCCACAGUGGAAAAGGCCAUCAUCAAGCCAGGCAAACUAACCAACAUCGAAUUCAAAGAGACUGAGCCUGUAGAAAAACAAGUUCUCAAACAACAACCGCCUCCCAGGAAGCUGCAAACUGAAAAGAUUUAUGCCUUUACCAUAACCACGGCAGUAGAGUCACAGCCUACAUUCGAAGAGGACCAUCCAAAACCAGGCAAACUCGUCGGCAAGUGGCAACCUGAGGAAUCCACUGUGGAAAAGGCCAUCAUAAAGCCAGGCAAACUAACCAACAUCGAAUUCAUAGAGACUGAACCUGAAGAAAAAGAAGUUGUCAAACAACAACCGCCUCCCAGGAAGCUGCAAACUGAAAAGAUUUAUGCCUUCACCGAAACCACAGCAGUAGAAUCACAGCCUACAUGCGAAGAGGACCGUCCAAAACCAGGCAAACUCGUCGGCAAGUGGCAACCUGAGGAAUCCACUGUGGAAAGGGCCAUCAUCAAGCCAGGGAAACUAAGCAACAUCGAAUUCGGAGAGACUGAGCCUGAUGGAAAAGAAGUUGUCAAACAACAACCGCCUCCCAGGAAGCUGCAAACUGAAAAGAUUUAUGCCUUUAACGAAAACACGGCAGUAGAGUCACAGCCUACAUUCGAAGAGGACCGUCCAAAACCAGGCAAGCUCGUCGGCAAGUGGCAACCUGAGGAAUCCACUGUGGAAAAGGCCAUCAUCAAGCCAGGCAAACUAACCAACAUCGAAUUCAAAGAGACUGAGCCUGAAGAAAAACAAGUUAUCAAAAAACAACCGCCUCCCAGGAAGCUGCAAACUGAGAAGAUUUAUGCCUUUACCGAAACCACGGUAGUAGAGUCACAGCCUACAUUCGAAGAGGACCGUCCAAGACCAGGCAAGCUCGUCGGAAAGUGGCAACCUGAAGAAUCCACUGUGGAAAAGGCCAUCAUCAAGCCAGGCAAACUAACCAACAUCGAAUUCAUAGAGACUGAGCCUGAAGAAAACGAAGUUGUCAAACAACAACCGCCUCCCAGGAAGCUGCAAACUGAAAAGAUUUAUGCCUUUACCGAAACCACGGCAGUAGAGUCACAGCCUACAUUCGAAGAGGACCAUCCAAAACCAGGCAAGCUCGUCGGCAAGUGGCAACCUGAGGAAUCCACUGUGGAAAAGGCCAUCAUAAAGCCAGGCAAACUAACCAACAUCGAAUUCAUAGAGACUGAACCUGAAGAAAAAGAAGUUGUCAAACAACAACCGCCUCCCAGGAAGCUGCAAACUGAAAAGAUUUAUGCCUUCACCGAAACCACAGCAGUAGAGUCACAGCCUACAUUCGAAGAGGACCGUCCAAAACCAGGCAAACUCGUCGGCAAGUGGCAACCUGAGGAGUCCACUGUGGAAAGGGCCAUCAUCAAGCCAAGGAAACUAACCAACAUCGAAUUCGGAGAGACUGAGCCUGAUGGAAAAGAAGUUGUCAAACAACAACCGCCUCCCAGGAAGCUGCAAACUGAAAAGAUUUAUGCCUUCACCGAAACAACAGCAGUAGAGUCACAGCCUACAUUCGAAGAGGACCGUCCAAAACCAGGCAAGCUCGUCGGCAAGUGGCAACCUGAGGAAUCCACUGUGGAAAAGGCCAUCAUCAAGCCAGGCAAACUAACCAACAUCGAAUUCAAAGAGACUGAGCCUGAAGAAAAACAAGUUAUCAAAAAACAACCGCCUUCCAGGAAGCUGCAAACUAAAAAGAUUUAUGCCUUUACCGAAACCACGGCAGUAGAGUCACAGCCUACAUUCGAAGAGGACCGUCCAAGACCAGGCAAGCUCGUCGGAAAGUGGCAACCUGAGGAAUCCACUGUAGAAAAGGCCAUCAUCAAGCCAGGCAAACUAAACAACAUCGAAUUCAUAGAGACUGAGCCUGAAGAAAACGAAGUUGUCAAACAACAACCGCCUCCCAGGAAGCUGCAAACUGAAAAGAUUUAUGCCUUUAACGAAACCACGGCAGUAGAGUCACAGCCUACAUUCGAAGAGGACCAUCCAAAACCAGGCAAGCUCGUCGGCAAGUGGCAACCUGAGGAAUCCACUGUGGAAAAGGCCAUCAUAAAGCCAGGCAAACUAACCAACAUCGAAUUCAUAGAGACUGAACCUGAAGAAAAAGAAGUUGUCAAACAACAACCGCCUCCCAGGAAGCUGCAAACUGAAAAGAUUUAUGCCUUUACCGAAACCACGGCAGUAGAGUCACAGCCUACAUUCGAAGAGGACCGUCCAAGACCAGGCAAGCUCGUCGAAAAGUGGCAACCUGAGGAAUCCACUGUGGAAAAGGCCAUCAUCAAUCCAGGCAAACUAACCAACAUCGAAUUCAUAGAGACUGAGCCUGAAGAAAACAAAGUUGUCAAACAACAACCGCCUCCCAGGAAGCUGCAAACUGAAAAGAUGUAUGCCUUCACCGAAACCACAGCAGUAGAGUCACAGCCUACAUUCGAAGAGGACCGUCAAAAACCAGGCAAACUCGUCGGCAAGUGGCAACCUGAGGAAUCCACUGUGGAAAGGGCCAUCAUCAAGCCAGGCAAACUAACCAACAUCGAAUUCGGAGAGACUGAGCCUGAUGGAAAACAAGUUGUCAAACAACAACCGCCUCCCAGGAAGCUGCAAACUGAAAAGAUUUAUACCUUCACCGAAACCACAGCAGUAGAGUCACAGCCUAAAUUCGAAGAGGACCGUCGAAAACCAGGCAAGCUCGUCGGCAAGUGGCAACCUGAGGAAUCCACAGUGGAAAAGUCCAUCAUCAAGCCAGGCAAACUAACCAACAUCGAAUUCAUAGAGACUGAGCCUGAAGAAAACGAAGUUGUCAAACAACAACCGCCUCCCAGGAAGCUGCAAACUGAAAAGAUUUAUGCCUUUACCGAAACCACAGCAGUAGAGUCACAGCCUACAUUCGAAGAGGACCGUCCAAAACCAGGCAAGCUCGUCGGCAAGUGGCAACCUGAAGAAUCCACUGUGGAAAAGGCCAUCAUCAAGCCAGGCAAACUAACCAACAUCGAAUUCAUAGAGACUGAACCUGAAGAAAAAGAAGUUGUCAAACAACAACCGCCUCCCAGGAAGCUGCAAACUGAAAAGAUUUAUGCCUUCACCGAAACCACAGCAGUAGAGUCACAGCCUACAUUCGAAGAGGACCGUCCAAAACCAGGCAAGCUCGUCGGCAAGUGGCAACCUGAGGAAUCCACUGUGGAAAAGGCCAUCAUCAAGCCAGGCAAACUAACCAACAUCGAAUUCAUAGAGACUGAGCCUGAAGAAAAACAAGUUAUCAAAAAACAACCGCCUCCCAGGAAGCUGCAAACUGAAAAGAUUUAUGCCUUUACCGAAACCACGGCAGUAGAGUCACAGCCUACAUUCGAAGAGGACCGUCCAAGACAAGGCAAGCUCGUCGAAAAGUGGCAACCUGAGGAAUCCACUGUGGAAAAGGCCAUCAUCAAUCCAGGCAAACUAACCAACAUCGAAUUCAUAGCGACUGAGCCUGAAGAAAACAAAGUUGUCAAACAACAACCGCCUCCCAGGAAGCUGCAAACUGAAAAGAUUUAUGCCUUCACCGAAACCACAGCAGUAGAGUCACAGCCUACAUUCGAAGAGGACCGUCCAAAACCAGGCAAACUCGUCGGCAAGUGGCAACCUGAGGAAUCCACUGUGGAAAGGGCCAUCAUCAAGCCAGGCAAACUAACCAACAUCGAAUUCGGAGAGACUGAGCCUGAUGGAAAACAAGUUGUCAAACAACAACCGCCUCCCAGGAAGCUGCAAACUGAAAAGAUUUAUGCCUUCACCGAAACCACAGCAGUAGAGUCACAGCCUGAAUUCGAAGAGGACCGUCGAAAACCAGGCAAGCUCGUCGGCAAGUGGCAACCUGAGGAAUCCACAGUGGAAAAGUCCAUCAUCAAGCCAGGCAAACUAACCAACAUCGAAUUCAUAGAGACUGAGCCUGAAGAAAAAGAAGUUGUCAAACAACAACCGCCUCCCAGGAAGCUGCAAACUGAAAAGAUUUAUGCCUUCACCGAAACCACAGCAGUGGAGUCACAGCCUACAUUCGAAGAGGACCGUCCAAAACCAGGCAAGCUCGUCGGCAAGUGGCAACUUGAGGAAUCCACUGUGGAAAAGGCCAUCAUCAAGCCAGGGAAACUAACCAACAUCGAAUUCAUAGAGACUGAGCCUGAAGAAAACGAAGUUGUCAAACAACAACCGCCUCCCAGGAAGCUGCAAACUGAAAAGAUUUAUGCCUUUACCGAAACCACGGCAGUAGAGUCACAGCCUACAUUCGAAGAGGACCGUCCAAAACCAGGCAAACUCGUCGGCAAGUGGCAACCUGAGGAAUCCACUGUGGAAAGGGCCAUCAUCAAGCCAGGGAAACUAACCAACAUCGAAUUCGGAGAGACUGAGCCUGAUGGAAAAGAAGUUGUCAAACAACAACCGCCUCCCAGGAAGCUGCAAACUGAAAAGAUUUAUGCCUUCACCGACACCACAGCAGUAGAGUCACAGCCUACAUUCAAAGAGGACCGUCCAAAACCAGGCAAGCUCGUCGGCAAGUGGCAACCUGAGGAAUCCACUGUGGAAAAGGCCAUCAUCAAGCCCGGCAAACUAACCAACAUCGAAUUCAUAGAGACUGAGCCUGAAGAAAAAGAAGUUGUCAAACAACAACCGCCUCCCAGAAAGCUGCAAACUGAAAAGAUUUAUGCCUUUACCGAAACCACGGCAGUAGAGUCACAGCCUACAUUCGAAGAGGACCGUCGAAAACCAGGCAAGCUCGUCGGCAAGUGGCAACCUGAGGAAUCCACAGUGGAAAAGUCCACCAUCAAGCCAGGGAAACUAACCAACAUCGAAUUCAAAGAGACUGAGCCUGUAGAAAAACAAGUUCUCAAACAACAACCGCCUCCAAAGAAGCUGCAAACUGAGAAGAUUUAUGCCUUUACCGAAACCACAGCAGUAGAGUCACAGCCUACAUUCGAAGAGGACCGUCCAAAACCAGGCAAGCUCGUCGGCAAGUGGCAACCUGAAGAAUCCACUGUGGAAAAGGCCAUCAUCAAGCCAGGCAAACUAACCAACAUCGAAUUCAUAGAGACUGAGCCUGAAGAAAACGAAGUUGUCAAACAACAACCGCCUUCCAGGAAGCUGCAAACUGAAAAGAUUUAUGCCUUUACCGAAACCACGGCAGUAGAGUCACAGCCUACAUUCGAAGAGGACCAUCCAAAACCAGGCAAGCUCGUCGGCAAGUGGCAACCUGAGGAAUCCACUGUGGAAAAGGCCAUCAUAAAGCCAGGCAAACUAACCAACAUCGAAUUCAUAGAGACUGAACCUGAAGAAAAAGAAGUUGUCAAACAACAACCGCCUCCCAGGAAGCUGCAAACUGAAAAGAUUUAUGCCUUUACCGAAACCACAGCAGUAGAGUCACAGCCUACAUUCGAAGAGGACCGUCCAAAACCAGGCAAACUCGUCGGCAAGUGGCAACCUGAGGAAUCCACUGUGGAAAGGGCCAUCAUCAAGCCAGGCAAACUAACCAACAUCGAAUUCGGAGAGACUGAGCCUGAUGGAAAAGAAGUUGUCAAACAACAACCGCCUCCCAGGAAGCUGCAAACUGAAAAGAUUUAUGCCUUCACCGAAACCACAGCAGUAGAGUCACAGCCUAAAUUCGAAGAGGACCGUCGAAAACCAGGCAAGCUCGUCGGCAAGUGGCAACCUGAGGAAUCCACAGUGGAAAAGUCCAUCAUCAAGCCAGGGAAACUAACCAACAUCGAAUUCAUAGAGACUGAGCCUGAAGAAAACGAAUUUGUCAAACAACAACCGCCUCCCAGGAAGCUGCUAACUGAAAAGAUUUAUGCCUUUACCGAAACCACGGCAGUAGAGUCACAGCCUACAUUCGAAGAGGACCGUCCAAAACCAGGCAAACUCGUCGGCAAGUGGCAACCUGAGGAAUCCACUGUGGAAAGGGCCAUCAUCAAGCCAGGGAAACUAACCAACAUCGAAUUCGGAGAGACUGAGCCUGAUGGAAAAGAAGUUGUCAAACAACAACCGCCUCCCAGGAAGCUGCAAACUGAAAAGAUUUAUGCCUUCACCGACACCACAGCAGUAGAGUCACAGCCUACAUUCAAAGAGGACCGUCCAAAACCAGGCAAGCUCGUCGGCAAGUGGCAACCUGAGGAAUCCACUGUGGAAAAGGCCAUCAUCAAGCCCGGCAAACUAACCAACAUCGAAUUCAUAGAGACUGAGCCUGAAGAAAAAGAAGUUGUCAAACAACAACCGCCUCCGAGGAAGCUGCAAACUGAAAAGAUUUAUGCCUUUACCGAAACCACGGCAGUAGAGUCACAGCCUACAUUCGAAGAGGACCGUCCAAAACCAGGCAAACUCGUCGGCAAGUGGCAACCUGAGGAAUCCACUGUGGAAAGGGCCAUCAUCAAGCCAGGGAAACUAACCAACAUCGAAUUCGGAGAGACUGAGCCUGAUGGAAAAGAAGUUGUCAAACAACAACCGCCUCCCAGGAAGCUGCAAACUGAAAAGAUUUAUGCCUUCACCGACACCACAGCAGUAGAGUCACAGCCUACAUUCGAAGAGGACCGUCCAAAACCAGGCAAGCUCGUCGGCAAGUGGCAACCUGAGGAAUCCACUGUGGAAAAGGCCAUCAUCAAGCCCGGCAAACUAACCAACAUCGAAUUCAUAGAGACUGAGCCUGAAGAAAAAGAAGUUGUCAAACAACAACCGCCUCCCAGGAAGCUGCAAACUGAAAAGAUUUAUGCCUUUACCAAAACCACGGCAGUAGAGUCACAGCCUACAUUCGAAGAGGACCGUCGAAAACCAGGCAAGCUCGUCGGCAAGUGGCAACCUGAGGAAUCCACAGUGGAAAAGUCCAUCAUCAAGCCAGGGAAACUAACCAACAUCGAAUUCAAAGAGACUGAGCCUGUAGAAAAACAAGUUCUCAAACAACAACCGCCUCCAAGGAAGCUGCAAACUGAGAAGAUUUAUGCCUUUACCGAAACCACAGCAGUAGAGUCACAGCCUACAUUCGAAGAGGACCGUCCAAAACCAGGCAAGCUCGUCGGCAAGUGGCAACCUGAAGAAUCCACUGUGGAAAAGGCCAUCAUCAAGCCAGGCAAACUAACAAACAUCGAAUUCAUAGAGACUGAGCCUGAAGAAAACGAAGUUGUCAAACAACAACCGCCUUCCAGGAAGCUGCAAACUGAAAAGAUUUAUGCCUUCACCGAAACCACAGCAGUAGAGUCACAGCCUACAUUCGAAGAGGACCGUCCAAAACCAGGCAAACUCGUCGGCAAGUGGCAACCUGAGGAAUCCACUGUGGAAAGGGCCAUCAUCAAGCCAGGCAAACUAACCAACAUCGAAUUCGGAGAGACUGAGCCUGAUGGAAAAGAAGUUGUCAAACAACAACCGCCUCCCAGGAAGCUGCAAACUGAAAAGAUUUAUGCCUUUAACGAAACCACGGCAGUAGAGUCACAGCCUACAUUCGAAGAGGACCAUCCAAAACCAGGCAAGCUCGUCGGCAAGUGGCAACCUGAGGAAUCCACUGUGGAAAAGGCCAUCAUAAAGCCAGGCAAACUAACCAACAUCGAAUUCAUAGAGACUGAACCUGAAGAAAAAGAAGUUGUCAAACAACAACCGCCUCCCAGGAAGCUGCAAACUGAAAAGAUUUAUGCCUUCACCGAUACCACAGCAGUAGAGUCACAGCCUACAUUCGAAGAGGACCGUCCAAAACCAGGCAAACUCGUCGGCAAGUGGCAACCUGAGGAAUCCACUGUGGAAAGGGCCAUCAUCAAGCCAGGGAAACUAACCAACAUCGAAUUCGGAGAGACUGAGCCUGAUGGAAAAGAAGUUGUCAAACAACAACCGCCUCCCAGGAAGCUGCAAACUGAAAAGAUUUAUGCCUUCACCGAAACCACAGCAGUAGAGUCACAGCCUACAUUCGAAGAGGACCGUCCAAAACCAGGCAAACUCGUCGGCAAGUGGCAACCUGAGGAAUCCACUGUGGAAAAGGCCAUCAUAAAGCCAGGCAAACUAACCAACAUCGAAUUCAUAGAGACUGAACCUGAAGAAAAAGAAGUUGUCAAACAACAACCGCCUCCCAGGAAGCUGCAAACUGAAAAGAUUCAUGCCUUCACCGAAACCACAGCAGUAGAGUCACAGCCUACAUUCGAAGAGGACCGUCCAAAACCAGGCAAGCUCGUCGGCAAGUGGCAACCUGAAGAAUCCACUGUGGAAAAGGCCAUCAUCAAGCCAGGCAAACUAACCAACAUCGAAUUCAUAGAGACUGAGCCUAAAGAAAACGAAGUUGUCAAACAACAACCGCCUCCCAGGAAGCUGCAAACUGAGAAGAUUUAUGCCUUUGCCGAAACCACGGCAGUAGAGUCACAGCCUACAUUCGAAGAGGACCAUCCAAAACCAGGCAAGCUCGUCGGCAAGUGGCAACCUGAGGAAUCCACUGUGGAAAAGGCCAUCAUCAAGCCAGGCAAACUAACCAACAUCGAAUUCAUAGAGGCUGAGCCUGAAGAAAAAGAAGUUGUCAAACAACAACCGCCUCCCAGGAAGCUGCAAACUGAAAAGAUUUAUGCCUUCACGGAAACCACAGCAGUAGAGUCACAGCCUACAUUCGAAGAGGACCGUCCAAAACCAGGCAAGCUCGUCGGCAAGUGGCAACCUGAGGAAUCCACUGUGGAAAAGGCCAUCAUCAAGCCAGGCAAACUAACCAACAUCGAAUUCAUAGAGACUGAGCCUGAAGAAAACGAAGUUGUCAAACAACAACCGCCUCCCAGGAAGCUGCAAACUGAAAAGAUUUAUGCCUUUACCGAAACCACGGCAGUAGAGUCACAGCCUACAUUCGAAGAGGACCGUCCAAAACCAGGCAAACUCGUCGGCAAGUGGCAACCUGAGGAAUCCACUGUGGAAAAGUCCAUCAUCAAGCCAGGGAAACUAACCAACAUCGAAUUCAAAGAGACUGAGCCUGAUGGAAAAGAAGUUGUCAAACAACAACCGCCUCCCAGGAAGCUGCAAACUGAAAAGAUUUAUGCCUUCACCGAAACCACAGCAGUAGAGUCACAGCCUACAUUCGAGGAGGACCGUCCAAAACCAGGCAAGCUCGUCGGCAAGUGGCAACCUGAGGAAUCCACUGUGGAAAAGGCCAUCAUUAAGCCAGGCAAACUAACCAACAUCGAAUUCAUAGAGACUGAGCCUGAAGAAAAAGAAGUUGUCAAACAACAACCGCCUCCCAGGAAGCUGCAAACUGAAAAGAUUUAUGCCUUUACCGAAACCACGGCAGUAGAGUCACAGCCUACAUUCGAAGAGGACCAUCCAAAACCAGGCAAGCUCGUCGGCAAGUGGCAACCUGAGGAAUCCACAGUGGAAAAGUCCAUUAUCAAGCCAGGGAAACUAACCAACAUCGAAUUCAAAGAGACUGAGCCUGUAGAAAAACAAGUUCUCAAACAACAACCGUCUCCAAGGAAGCUGCAAACUGAGAAGAUUUAUGCCUUUACCGAAACCACAGCAGUAGAGUCACAGCCUACAUUCGAAGAGGACCGUCCAAAACCAGGCAAACUCGUCGGCAAGUGGCAACCUGAGGAAUCCACUGUGGAAAGGGCCAUCAUCAAGCCAGGCAAACUAACCAACAUCGAAUUCGGAGAGACUGAGCCUGAUGGAAAAGAAGUUGUCAAACAACAACCGCCUCCCAGGAAGCUGCAAACUGAAAAGAUUUAUGCCUUUAACGAAACCACGGCAGUAGAGUCACAGCCUACAUUCGAAGAGGACCAUCCAAAACCGGGCAAGCUCGUCGGCAAGUGGCAACCUGAGGAAUCCACUGUGGAAAAGGCCAUCAUAAAGCCAGGCAAACUAACCAACAUCGAAUUCAUAGAGACUGAACCUGAAGAAAAAGAAGUUGUCAAACAACAACCGCCUCCCAGGAAGCUGCAAACUGAAAAGAUUUAUGCCUUCACCGAUACCACAGCAGUAGAGUCACAGCCUACAUUCGAAGAGGACCGUCCAAAACCAGGCAAACUCGUCGGCAAGUGGCAACCUGAGGAAUCCACUGUGGAAAGGGCCAUCAUCAAGCCAGGGAAACUAACCAACAUCGAAUUCGGAGAGACUGAGCCUGAUGGAAAAGAAGUUGUCAAACAACAACCGCCUCCCAGGAAGCUGCAAACUGAAAAGAUUUAUGCCUUCACCGAAACCACAGCAGUAGAGUCACAGCCUACAUUCGAAGAGGACCGUCCAAAACCAGGCAAACUCGUCGGCAAGUGGCAACCUGAGGAAUCCACUGUGGAAAAGGCCAUCAUAAAGCCAGGCAAACUAACCAACAUCGAAUUCAUAGAGACUGAACCUGAAGAAAAAGAAGUUGUCAAACAACAACCGCCUCCCAGGAAGCUGCAAACUGAAAAGAUUCAUGCCUUCACCGAAACCACAGCAGUAGAGUCACAGCCUACAUUCGAAGAGGACCGUCCAAAACCAGGCAAGCUCGUCGGCAAGUGGCAACCUGAAGAAUCCACUGUGGAAAAGGCCAUCAUCAAGCCAGGCAAACUAACCAACAUCGAAUUCAUAGAGACUGAGCCUAAAGAAAACGAAGUUGUCAAACAACAACCGCCUCCCAGGAAGCUGCAAACUGAGAAGAUUUAUGCCUUUGCGGAAACCACGGCAGUAGAGUCACAGCCUACAUUCGAAGAGGACCAUCCAAAACCAGGCAAGCUCGUCGGCAAGUGGCAACCUGAGGAAUCCACUGUGGAAAAGGCCAUCAUCAAGCCAGGCAAACUAACCAACAUCGAAUUCAUAGAGGCUGAGCCUGAAGAAAAAGAAGUUGUCAAACAACAACCGCCUCCCAGGAAGCUGCAAACUGAAAAGAUUUAUGCCUUCACGGAAACCACAGCAGUAGAGUCACAGCCUACAUUCGAAGAGGACCGUCCAAAACCAGGCAAGCUCGUCGGCAAGUGGCAACCUGAGGAAUCCACUGUGGAAAAGGCCAUCAUAAAGCCAGGCAAACUAACCAACAUCGAAUUCAUAGAGACUGAACCUGAAGAAAAAGAAGUUGUCAAACAACAACCGCCUCCCAGGAAGCUGCAAACUGAAAAGAUUUAUGCCUUCACCGAUACCACAGCAGUAGAGUCACAGCCUACAUUCGAAGAGGACCGUCCAAAACCAGGCAAACUCGUCGGCAAGUGGCAACCUGAGGAAUCCACUGUGGAAAGGGCCAUCAUCAAGCCAGGGAAACUAACCAACAUCGAAUUCGGAGAGACUGAGCCUGAUGGAAAAGAAGUUGUCAAACAACAACCGCCUCCCAGGAAGCUGCAAACUGAAAAGAUUUAUGCCUUCACCGAAACCACAGCAGUAGAGUCACAGCCUACAUUCGAAGAGGACCGUCCAAAACCAGGCAAACUCGUCGGCAAGUGGCAACCUGAGGAAUCCACUGUGGAAAAGGCCAUCAUAAAGCCAGGCAAACUAACCAACAUCGAAUUCAUAGAGACUGAACCUGAAGAAAAAGAAGUUGUCAAACAACAACCGCCUCCCAGGAAGCUGCAAACUGAAAAGAUUCAUGCCUUCACCGAAACCACAGCAGUAGAGUCACAGCCUACAUUCGAAGAGGACCGUCCAAAACCAGGCAAGCUCGUCGGCAAGUGGCAACCUGAAGAAUCCACUGUGGAAAAGGCCAUCAUCAAGCCAGGCAAACUAACCAACAUCGAAUUCAUAGAGACUGAGCCUAAAGAAAACGAAGUUGUCAAACAACAACCGCCUCCCAGGAAGCUGCAAACUGAGAAGAUUUAUGCCUUUGCGGAAACCACGGCAGUAGAGUCACAGCCUACAUUCGAAGAGGACCAUCCAAAACCAGGCAAGCUCGUCGGCAAGUGGCAACCUGAGGAAUCCACUGUGGAAAAGGCCAUCAUCAAGCCAGGCAAACUAACCAACAUCGAAUUCAUAGAGGCUGAGCCUGAAGAAAAAGAAGUUGUCAAACAACAACCGCCUCCCAGGAAGCUGCAAACUGAAAAGAUUUAUGCCUUCACGGAAACCACAGCAGUAGAGUCACAGCCUACAUUCGAAGAGGACCGUCCAAAACCAGGCAAGCUCGUCGGCAAGUGGCAACCUGAGGAAUCCACUGUGGAAAAGGCCAUCAUCAAGCCAGGCAAACUAACCAACAUCGAAUUCAUAGAGACUGAGCCUGAAGAAAACGAAGUUGUCAAACAACAACCGCCUCCCAGGAAGCUGCAAACUGAAAAGAUUUAUGCCUUUACCGAAACCACGGCAGUAGAGUCACAGCCUACAUUCGAAGAGGACCGUCCAAAACCAGGCAAACUCGUCGGCAAGUGGCAACCUGAGGAAUCCACUGUGGAAAAGUCCAUCAUCAAGCCAGGGAAACUAACCAACAUCGAAUUCAAAGAGACUGAGCCUGAUGGAAAAGAAGUUGUCAAACAACAACCGCCUCCCAGGAAGCUGCAAACUGAAAAGAUUUAUGCCUUCACCGAAACCACAGCAGUAGAGUCACAGCCUACAUUCGAGGAGGACCGUCCAAAACCAGGCAAGCUCGUCGGCAAGUGGCAACCUGAGGAAUCCACUGUGGAAAAGGCCAUCAUUAAGCCAGGCAAACUAACCAACAUCGAAUUCAUAGAGACUGAGCCUGAAGAAAAAGAAGUUGUCAAACAACAACCGCCUCCCAGGAAGCUGCAAACUGAAAAGAUUUAUGCCUUUACCGAAACCACGGCAGUAGAGUCACAGCCUACAUUCGAAGAGGACCAUCCAAAACCAGGCAAGCUCGUCGGCAAGUGGCAACCUGAGGAAUCCACAGUGGAAAAGUCCAUCAUCAAGCCAGGGAAACUAACCAACAUCGAAUUCAAAGAGACUGAGCCUGUAGAAAAACAAGUUCUCAAACAACAACCGCCUCCAAGGAAGCUGCAAACUGAGAAGAUUUAUGCCUUUACCGAAACCACGGCAGUAGAGUCACAAUCUACAUUCGAAGAGGACCGUCCAAAACCAGGCAAACUCGUCGGCAAGUGGCAACCUGAGGAAUCCACUGUGGAAAGGGCCAUCAUAAAGCCAGGGAAACUAACCAACAUCGAAUUCGGAGAGACUGAGCCUGAUGGAAAAGAAGUUGUCAAACAACAACCGCCUCCCAGGAAGCUGCAAACUGAAAAGAUUUAUGCCUUCACCGAAACCACAGCAGUAGAGUCACAGCCUACAUUCGAAGAGGACCGUCCAAAACCAGGCAAGCUCGUCGGCAAGUGGCAACCUGAGGAAUCCACUGUGGAAAAGGCCAUCAUCAAGCCAGGCAAACUAACCAACAUCGAAUUCAUAGAGAUUGAGCCUGAAGAAAAAGAAGUUGUCAAACAACAACCGCCUCCCAGAAAGCUGCAAACUGAAAAGAUUUAUGCCUUUACCGAAACCACGGCAGUAGAGUCACAGCCUACUUUUGAAGAGGACCGUCGAAAACCAGGAAAGCUCGUCGGCAAGUGGCAACCUGAGGAAUCCACAGUGGAAAAGUCCAUCAUCAAGCCAGGGAAACUAACCAACAUCGAAUUCAAAGAGACUGAGCCUGUAGAAAAACAAGUUCUCAAACAACAACCGCCUCCAAGGAAGCUGCAAACUGAGAAGAUUUAUGCCUUUACCGAAACCACAGCAGUAGAGUCACAGCCUACAUUCGAAGAGGACCGUCCAAAACCAGGCAAGCUCGUCGGCAAGUGGCAACCUGAGGAAUCCACUGUGGAAAAGGCCAUCAUCAAGCCAGGCAAACUAACCAACAUAGAAUUCAUAGAGACUGAGCCUGAAGAAAACGAAGUUGUCAAACAACAACCGCCUCCCAGGAAGCUGCAAACUAAAACGAUUUAUGCCUUUACCGAAACCACGGCAGUAGAGUCACAGCCUACAUUCGAAGAGGACCGUCCAAAACCAGGCAAACUUGUCGGCACGUGGCAACCUGAGGAAUCCACUGUGGAAAGGGCCAUCAUCAAGCCAGGGAAACUAACCAACAUCGAAUUCGGAGAGACUGAGCCUGAUGGAAAAAAAGUUGUCAAACAACAACCGCCUCCCAGGAAGCUGCAAACUGAAAAGAUUUAUGCCUUCACCGAAACCACAGCAGUAGAGUCACAGCCUACAUUCGAAGAGGACCGUCCAAAACCAGGCAAGCUCGUCGGCAAGUGGCAACCUGAGGAAUCCACUGUGGAAAAAGCCAUCAUCAAGCCAGGCAAACUAACCAACAUCGAAUUCAUAGAGACUGAGCCUGAAGAAAAAGAAGUUGUCAAACAACAACCGCCUCCCAGGAAGCUGCAAACUGAAAAGAUUUAUGCCUUUACCGAAACCACGGCAGUAGAGUCACAGCCUACAUUCGAAGAGGACCGUCGAAAACCAGGCAAGCUCGUCGGCAAGUGGCAACCUGAAGAAUCCACAGUGGAAAAGUCCAUCAUCAAGCCAGGGAAACUAACCAACAUCGAAUUCAAAGAGACUGAGCCUGUAGAAAAACAAGUUCUCAAACAACAACCGCCUCCAAGGAAGCUGCAAACUGAGAAGAUUUAUGCCUUUACCGAAACCACAGCAGUAGAGUCACAGCCUACAUUCGAAGAGGACCGUCCAAAACCAGGCAAGCUCGUCGGCAAGUGGCAACCUGAAGAAUCCACUGUGGAAAAGGCCAUCAUCAAGCCAGGCAAACUAACCAACUUUGAAUUCAUAGAGACUGAGCCUGAAGAAAACGAAGUUGUCAAACAACAACCGCCUCCCAGGAAGCUGCAAACUGAAAAGAUUUAUGCCUUUACCGAAACCACGGCAGUAGAGUCACAGCCUACAUUCGAAGAGGACCAUCCAAAACCAGGCAAGCUCGUCGGCAAGUGGCAACCUGAGGAAUCCACUGUGGAAAAGGCCAUCAUAAAGCCAGGCAAACUAACCAACAUCGAAUUCAUAGAGACUGAACCUGAAGAAAAAGAAGUUGUCAAACAACAACCGCCUCCCAGGAAGCUGCAAACUGAAAAGAUUUAUGCCUUCACCGAAACCACAGCAGUAGAGUCACAGCCUACAUUCGAAGAGGACCGUCCAAAACCAGGCAAACUCGUCGGCAAGUGGCAACCUGAGGAAUCCACUGUGGAAAGGGCCAUCAUCAAGCCAGGCAAACUAACCAACAUCGAAUUCAUAGAGACUGAGCCUGAAGAAAACGAAGUUGUCAAACAACAACCGCCUCCCAGGAAGCUGCAAACUGAAAAGAUUUAUGCCUUUACCGAAACCACGGCAGUAGAGUCACAGCCUACAUUCGAAGAGGACCGUCCAAAACCAGGCAAACUCGUCGGCAAGUGGCAACCUGAGGAAUCCACUGUGGAACAGGCCAUCAUAAAGCCAGGGAAACUAACCAACAUCGAAUUCGGAGAGACUGAGCCUGAUGGAAAAGAAGUUAUCAAACAACAACCGCCUCCCAGGAAGCUGCAAACUGAAAAGAUUUAUGCCUUCACCGAAACCACAGCAGUAGAGUCACAGCCUACAUUCGAAGAGGACCGUCGAAAACCAGGCAAGCUCGUCAGCAAGUGGCAACCUGAGGAAUCCACAGUGGAAAAGUCCAUCAUCAAGCCAGGGAAACUAACCAACAUCGAAUUCAAAGAGACUGAGCCUGUAGAAAAACAAGUUCUCAAACAACAACCGCCUCCCAGGAAGCUGCAAACUGAAAAGAUUUAUGCCUUCACCGAAACCACAGCAGUAGAGUCACAGCCUACAUUCGAAGAGGACCGUCCAAAACCAGGCAAGCUCGUCGGCAAGUGGCAACCUGAGGAAUCCACUGUGGAAAAGGCCAUCAUCAAGCCAGGCAAACUAACCAACAUCGAAUUCAUAGAGACUGAGCCUGAAGAAAACGAAGUUGUCAAAAAACAACCGCCUCCCAGGAAGCUGCAAACUGAAAAGAUUUAUGCCUUUACCGAAACCACGGCAGUAGAGUCACAGCCUACAUUCGAAGAGGACCGUCCAAAACCAGGCAAACUUGUCGGCACGUGGCAACCUGAAGAAUCCACUGUGGAAAGGGCCAUCAUCAAGCCAGGGAAACUAACCAACAUCGAAUUCAAAGAGACUGAGCCUGAUGGAAAAAAAGUUGUCAAACAACAACCGCCUCCCAGGAAGCUCCAAACUGAAAAGAUUUAUGCCUUCACCGAAACCACAGCAGUAGAGUCACAGCCUACAUUCGAAGAGGACCGUCCAAAACCAGGCAAGCUCGUCGGCAAGUGGCAACCUGAGGAAUCCACUGUGGAAAAGGCCAUCAUCAAGCCAGGCAAACUAACCAACAUCGAAUUCAUAGAGACUGAGCCUGAAGAAAAAGAAGUUGUCAAACAACAACCGCCUCCCAGGAAGCUGCAAACUGAAAAGAUUUAUGCCUUUACCGAAACCACGGCAGUAGAGUCACAGCCUACAUUCGAAGAGGACCAUCCAAAACCAGGCAAGCUCGUCGGCAAGUGGCAACCUGAGGAAUCCACUGUGGAAAAGGCCAUCAUAAAGCCAGGCAAACUAACCAACAUCGAAUUCAUAGAGACUGAGCCUGAUGGAAAAAAAGUUGUCAAACAACAACCGCCUCCCAGGAAGCUGCAAACUGAAAAGAUUUAUGCCUUCACCGAAACCACAGCAGUAGAGUCACAGCCUACAUUCGAAGAGGACCGUCCAAAACCAGGCAAGCUCGUCGGCAAGUGGCAACCUGAGGAAUCCACUGUGGAAAAGGCCAUCAUCAAGCCAGGCAAACUAACCAACAUCGAAUUCAUAGAGGCUGAGCCUGAAGAAAAAGAAGUUGUCAAACAACAACCGCCUCCCAGGAAGCUGCAAACUGAAAAGAUUUAUGCCUUUACCGAAACCACGGCAGUAGAGUCACAGCCUACAUUCGAAGAGGACCGUCCAAAACCAGGCAAGCUCGUCGGCAAGUGGCAACCUGAGGAAUCCACUGUGGAAAAGGCCAUCAUCAAGCCAGGCAAACUAACCAACAUCGAAUUCAUAGAGACUGAGCCUGAAGAAAACGAAGUUGUCAAAAAACAACCGCCUCCCAGGAAGCUGCAAACUGAAAAGAUUUAUGCCUUUACCGAAACCACGGCAGUAGAGUCACAGCCUACAUUCGAAGAGGACCGUCCAAAACCAGGCAAACUUGUCGGCACGUGGCAACCUGAGGAAUCCACUGUGGAAAGGGCCAUCAUCAAGCCAGGGAAACUAACCAACAUCGAAUUCAAAGAGACUGAGCCUGAUGGAAAAAAAGUUGUCAAACAACAACCGCCUCCCAGGAAGCUCCAAACUGAAAAGAUUUAUGCCUUCACCGAAACCACAGCAGUAGAGUCACAGCCUACAUUCGAAGAGGACCGUCCAAAACCAGGCAAGCUCGUCGGCAAGUGGCAACCUGAGGAAUCCACUGUGGAAAAGGCCAUCAUCAAGCCAGGCAAACUAACCAACAUCGAAUUCAUAGAGACUGAGCCUGAAGAAAAAGAAGUUGUCAAACAACAACCGCCUCCCAGGAAGCUGCAAACUGAAAAGAUUUAUGCCUUUACCGAAACCACGGCAGUAGAGUCACAGCCUACAUUCGAAGAGGACCAUCCAAAACCAGGCAAGCUCGUCGGCAAGUGGCAACCUGAGGAAUCCACUGUGGAAAAGGCCAUCAUAAAGCCAGGCAAACUAACCAACAUCGAAUUCAUAGAGACUGAACCUGAAGAAAAAGAAGUUGUCAAACAACAACCGCCUCCCAGGAAGCUGCAAACUGAAAAGAUUUAUGCCUUCACCGAAACCACAGCAGUAGAGUCACAGCCUACAUUCGAGGAGGACCGUCCAAAACCAGGCAAGCUCGUCGGCAAGUGGCAACCUGAGGAAUCCACUGUGGAAAAGGCCAUCAUUAAGCCAGGCAAACUAACCAACAUCGAAUUCAUAGAGACUGAGCCUGAAGAAAAAGAAGUUGUCAAACAACAACCGCCUCCCAGGAAGCUGCAAACUGAAAAGAUUUAUGCCUUUACCGAAACCACAGCAGUAGAGUCACAGCCUACAUUCGAAGAGGACCGUCCAAAACCAGGCAAGCUCGUCGGCAAGUGGCAACCUGAAGAAUCCACUGUGGAAAAGGCCAUCAUCAAGCCAGGCAAACUAACCAACAUCGAAUUCAUAGAGACUGAGCCUGAAGAAAACGAAGUUGUCAAACAACAACCGCCUCCCAGGAAGCUGCAAACUGAAAAGAUUUAUGCCUUUACCGAAACCACGGCAGUAGAGUCACAGCCUACAUUCGAAGAGGACCAUCCAAAACCAGGCAAGCUCGUCGGCAAGUGGCAACCUGAGGAAUCCACUGUGGAAAAGGCCAUCAUAAAGCCAGGCAAACUAACCAACAUCGAAUUCAUAGAGACUGAACCUGAAGAAAAAGUUGUCAAACAACAACCGCCUCCCAGGAAGCUGCAAACUGAAAAGAUUUAUGCCUUCACCGAAACCACAGCAGUAGAGUCACAGCCUAAAUUCGAAGAGGACCGUCGAAAACCAGGCAAGCUCGUCGGCAAGUGGCAACCUGAGGAAUCCACAGUGGAAAGGGCCAUCAUCAAGCCAGGGAAACUAACCAACAUCGAAUUCGGAGAGACUGAGCCUGAUGGAAAAGAAGUUGUCAAACAACAACCGCCUCCCAGGAAGCUGCAAACUGAAAAGAUUUAUGCCUUCACCGAAACCACAGCAGUAGAGUCACAGCCUACAUUCGAAGAGGACCGUCGAAAACCAGGCAAGCUCGUCGGCAAGUGGCAACCUGAGGAAUCCACUGUGGAAAAGGCCAUCAUAAAGCCAGGCAAACUAACCAACAUCGAAUUCAUAGAGACUGAGCCUGAAGAAAAAGAAGUUGUCAAACAACAACCGCCUCCCAGGAAGCUGCAAACUGAAAAGAUUUAUGCCUUUACCGAAACCACGGCAGUAGAGUCACAGCCUACAUUCGAAGAGGACCGUCCAAAACCAGGCAAACUCGUCGGCAAGUGGCAACCUGAGGAAUCCACUGUGGAAAGGACUUCCAUCAAACCAGGAAAGUUAACAAAAAUUGAAUUCGACCACACGGAGCCUGAAGAAAAAGAAGUAGUCAGACAACAACCGCUUCCAAGAAAGCUAGAAACUGAAAAGAUUAUUGGCUUUACUGAAACCACGGCAGUAAAGUCACAGUCUACAUUCGAAGAGGACCGUCUUAAACCUGGCAAGCUCGUCGGCAAGUGGCAACCUGAGGAAUCCACUGUGGGGAAGGCCAUCAUCAAGCCAGGCAAACUAACCAACAUCGAAUUCAAAGAGACUCAGCCUGAAGAAAAAGAUAUUGCGAAACAACAAUCUUCUCGCACAAAACUCCAAACUGAGAAGAAGUAUCCCUUCAUUGUGUCCAUGGCACCAGAGUCGCAGUCGAGAUCUCAGGUAGAACGUCAAGCACCAGGAAAACUCGGCCAAUGGCAACCUGUAAGGAACGCUUCAACAAAUGUAUUCCAAGGACAAAAGACGUUUGUAGGAAAUGAUCGUGCACAAAUGGCUGGGUUUUUCUACAGUGACGAAACAGAUUGGAAAUCAAGAAAUUCUUUAGAGAGCCAUGUCCAAUUGAGGUCCCCCAAGCAGGAACAAGAGAAAACAGAGGAAGGAUCAAGAUACACUCCAGGAGAUCUAACCGGAUAUCAGUACAAAACAAAAGAUCGCUCCAAUGAAAACAAGCGCUGGACACAACAACAGCCUUCACUUGGAGAACCUGUCUCCAAAGAGGAAUCCAUGAAACAAUGGAGUCAGCCAGUUCAACUUGCAGGAUAUGAAAGAAGCGGAAAUGAUGUCAAAGUUUAUCACAAUGUUAGUGAAGAUAAACAAGGUGAUGUCACAGUUGUCACUAAAACAAAACGGGUGGUAACAAACAACACGCGUUAUGAAAUCAAAAACGAUCAUGAGCCAGAAACCAUCACAACUGUUAGAGUAGAAAGACCUAAAAUACAGCUACAUGGCGUCAAACAGCAGAGAAUUGCUGAUAAGCCAUAUGGCAGUGUGGUCAUUAGUGUUGGUGAGGACAUCAACUCUGGCAUAAAGACUACCCAGCAGCAAUAUCAACAGCAGUCUUGGCAAACGAAUACCAAACCACAGAUUAAAGAAUUCAAAAUAGUGAAUGAGAAAAAAAGUAAUCAAACUAGAAAUGGAGUUGAAAUUCAACCUGAAAGUAUAAUGAAUGCCACAUAUAUGACUGUACAAAGUGCACCAUCCCAACAAAGUGGACAGGGACAGGCUUUGGGGCAGCAAGAGCAUUAUGUUGGUGGCAAGAAGACGUUUCAAAUAGCAAUUGACACCCAAGAUGGAUUGCCCCCAAAAGUUGUACAGCAAGGCAGAGGACAACAAUUGGAAGGUAGAAUUGUAACAGCAAGCUCACAACCCAGGGAAGGCGUACACUUAAAUCAAAGGCAUGCACAAAUGAAGGAAAUAGCUUAUCAACAACAUACAGCGAUGACAAGCAUGCCACACCAUCGUGAAAUGAAAGUGAUUCAGACAUCUGUAAAGACAUCUAAACAGCAAGCUGGUACUUCAGGAGAGAAAGAAAAAAAUGGCCUAAUCCAGGGAGUAACAUCCACACAAGGCAGUCAGAUGAAUGGUCACUGGCAGAUGACCUCAAGUCAAGCAAUAGCUACAUCCAAAUCUUUACAACAGCCAUCUUCGAUACAGAUUGAUCUAUCCAAUAAUAACAAAGCACAAGAAGGCAACAAGCAGAUAACACAGAAAGGUUUUUCGUAUGUUGCUGGUCCACAGAUACUGACCCAUCAGUCAGUCAUCUCAAGAGAAACACGAGUGGUGAAAGAGGGUGAUCCUGAAUAUGAGGCUCUCAUGAUGCAAGCGCAAAGUCAAUGGAGCAUGCAAGGGCAACAUGACAAGGUCACCACCACCAAAAAGCCAAUUGAAAAGCGGGUCUCUCUUGGAGCUAAUUCACAGAAUGCUCCACAAAGGAUGCAAAUAGUCCACGAGUUGAGAGGCAAGAAAGGAGAGUUGACAAGUGGUAAGAAUAGGGGGGUGUUGAUUGAGUACAGUGGAGAAGCCACACCAAGUCAGAAGGGUCAGAGAGGAUAUCAAGUUACUGAAGUGGCCCAACAGGUUGUAGUACAGAAAAGGAAGUAAAAACAGAGAAGCAAGAACGUGUCAUCGCUAAACCAAUAAUUAUUUUGAAUAAUAUUCUUAAGCUACAUAGAUUAUAGUUCACAAGAAACCAAAGAUAUUUUUUGGAUUUCUUGUUAUCUCAGUGUUUUGAGAAUUUGGCUGGCCCACCAAAUUUUUGAAUAUUGACCACUCGUUUUUUAAUAUUUAGUAAAAAUAAAUAAAUAAGUGCUUGUUAUGUAUAUAGCUUUGAAAUGAUAAAUAAAACAGGUUUCAGAAUGCUU